AUGUCUUCGAGGAUAUUGGAUAUUAGGUAUGUCGAUUGUUUUCAAAGUAAUUUUGAGAUGCUAUUCAGCUCGUUUAAGGAUCUCUCCGACUCUUUUGAUCACAAAGAACUUUUCAGACUGUACCUAACCGCACAACCAUUUUCGAAGAAAACUCUUAGAGCAGCGGCUUUUAAGAGAAAACUAAGCGAGAAUGGAAAACUUUUUUCUCUGCUACACUACGGAGCUUUUGGUGUUGCGAAAACUUUUAUAGUCUCUUGUUUCAUUCACACGGAUGGUCAUAAUCAGAGUUCCCACUUUUAUUCGUUCCGGUCGAUGUAA